AAGAAAGCAUUAAUUUUCAGUGAUAACAGCUAGACGAUUGUAUAAGAAAAUAAAAAUUUGCGACCAUGUCGACGGAUAAUAUUAAUUUACCAAAAGCUCCAAAGGAUCUAUGUUUUACAGAGUUAGAUUUCAUCCAGGAAAACUUCAAUGUCGAUACAUUCCUUCAAGAACACAAAAAGAAUUCAAAAUUGGAAACAAUGCGCGACGAUCUUGGCAUAUAUUUGAAAUUAUUGCGAUCCGCUAUGAUCGAUUUAAUUAAUAGGGAUUACAUUGAUUUUGUACAUUUAUCAAGUAAUUUAAUCGGCCUAGAUAAAGCCAUCAACGAUCUGCAAGCACCACUAGGUCAAUUAAGAGAAGAAGUGAUGCAAGUGCAGCAGACGUUGGACAAUGAGAUUAGUGUAAUUUCUGCUAAUAUUAAUGAAAAUAAGAUGAUCAAAGAAUACAAGCAGAGUCUGUUUAGUUUACAACACAUUUGUAAAUCGUUAAAGAAGCUCUCAUCUAUAUUGUCAUUGAAUACAUUCUUAGAAAGUCCUGCUAAAAUAGACAUUUUAGAGCAAGCUGCAACAGAGUUCAGUCAAUUACAAUUUCACGUAUCCAGGUGUAAACUAGAUAUUAUCAAAGAUAAACAAAAGGAAAGUGAACAACUGGAACAAUCUUACAUGACUCAUCUCAAUGAGUUUUUCUUAGCAUGCGUUCAAGAAAAAAAUUCUGUCCUAUUAAUUCGUUGCUUAAGAAUACAUGUCAUGCUUGACAAAGUAAAGGAUGCAGAGAAUUUAGUGAAGAAAGAAGUUGUUAGUCCAUUGGUUGAUAGUGUGGUCAGUAUGGAAAAUUUGCAAGCAGACUCACUGGGCUUACAAAGUAUAUACAAUAGACUGUUGAACAUUUUGAGUGUAGAACUAAAGCAACUUUUGGAUAUUACACUGCACCCUGAUAGAUGUUCUGUGAAAGGCUUCAAUUUCCUUGUAAAUAGUUUUUGGAUCGACGUUGAAGAGAAAAUUGAACAACACAUAAAAUGUAUUUUUGCUCCAGGAGAUCCCGUACUAUUUCACUCUAGAUAUGUGGCAACAUUAGAAUUUCUAGAGAAAUUGGAAGUUGAAUGCGUUACGUCCGAUUCCUUAGUCGCAUUAAAGGGAAAUGCACAGUAUAAGGACUUCCUGAGGAAAUGGAGUUUGCCAGUAUACUUUCAAAUACGAUUUCAAGAAAUAGCCAGUACUGUUGAAACUGUUUUAUCAGAGUCCAUAUCACCGGCAUCUGUAAAAGGAACUUUAGAGAUUCUUACACAAAAUGAAUUUUCCUUGCAUGCAACACGCAUUGUGUGGGAAAGUUUACAAAGAAUUUGGGCUAAUGAUGUGUACCUUUAUCAGCUGUUUCAUAGAUUCUGGAAAUUCAGUUUACAGAUCUGUGCCAGAUACCAAACAUGGUCCCUGGCAGCACUUAAAGAAGUAUGGCCUAUAGAAAAUGAAGUAGAAACCCUAAGCAAAGCAAAGGAUUCCACGAAACUCAAUUUCCUAAUAUGUUUGUAUAAGGACCUAGAGAAACUUAUAAAAAUACUUCCAUCUCUUCUAGACAUAGUCCAGUCGCAACUUAAACAGCACACUCCAACAGUAUUAAAAUUAUUAGAAGAUUCUCUCAACGAAGCUACAAAGAAUUUAGAAACCGUCUUGUCAAAAGUCACAGAACAAAUUGUGUUCGAACUUUUGAAACACUGUGUAACACAUUUAAAGCAAGUUAGCGAUAUACCACGGUUGUUUAGACGAACGAAAAGGGAUGUGCCAACGAAACCGUGCGCUUAUGUAAAGAAUGCACUUACAUUUCUUAUAAAUUUCCAUGCGGAUUACAAGAGAUUGAUCCCAGAUAAUGUUAAUUACUGGUUGGAAUUGACACUUUCAUCGCUGACUGAAUAUUAUUUGGCUUCGGUAACGGACGUUUUAACGUCGGUACAGAAGACAGAGGAAAGUCUUAGAAGGUUGAAAAAAAUACGCGAUAAAUCUAUGGGUUCUCUUUCGUCUGAAAGUCAAGGAAUUAGCGAUGAUGAAAAAAUACGUAUUCAACUGCAAGUUGAUGUACGAGCCUAUACUAAUAUGAUCACUGACAUCGAGAUUGUAACUGCAAACGUUCGCCACGUGGAAGAAUUAUUACAUGCCGUUGAAACAGCAAUAAAGAGAUAAUAGUUUUUUGCAUUUGUUUAUGUUGCAUUCCUUAAAGGAUACCAUAAGUUUUUAUCAUUCUCUUUAACACUAUUUGUUUAAUA